GAUGCUAAGGCGAAGGACCAUAUCAGACGUACGGUGCUGCACUUGGCAGCUCAGGGAGGAAACGAGGCGAUGGUGCAACUGCUAGUCGACAAAGGAGCAGACGCCAAAGCGAGGGAUGAGUUUGGGGUCACGGUGCUGCACUCGGCAGCUGGGGGAGGGAAUGAGGCGGUGGUACGGCUGCUGGUGGGCAGAGGAGCAGACAUUAAUGCGAAGACCCAAGAUGGGGAGACA